UCUGCUCAGGCUUUGGAGUGUCUGCCACUUUAGUCUGGCUUUGAGUGUGUGCUUCUUAUGAGGGCCAUUUUAUACUAAUAUAUCACCCCUUUCCAAGGCGAAAGGAGGGCUUUUUUUGUUCCUGUUCCUGCAGCCAUGCUGCCUGGUUUGCUCUUGGUCUUGGGGCUCCUCUCCAGAAGAGGCUACACUGCAGAGAAUAUCACAGCAGGCCUUCUACUUGAACUUUCCUUGGGCAAAUUUAAGAAUGUAUUACUGAAUGAAACCAUUCCAGCUGAAGCUGUGUUGAGGAAUAUUUCUAGUAAUGUGACAGUCAUCAUCUUUCAAAUCCAUACCCACCAUCAGAAUGUGACCAUUUCUUUUGAUAAGAAACCUUCCAUAAACAACUCAGGGACUGGAGUAGAUAAAGGGCUGGUUUCUAUCCUUCAACCUCAGCAGACUGUAUGUACAUGGUAUUUGAAAGCUGUAGACACCAGUCCUGUGUUGAGUACAGCUGUCCCUUAUUCUUACACUGAAAGAGAUCCCAUCCCUGGAGGCUGCAACCUGGAAUUUAAUUUGGACAUUGACCCUAAUAUUUAUUUAGGGUAUAACAUGGCUGAGACGAAUAUUAAAUUUGCCCCAGCAAAUCUAGGGUACAGAAGAGGUGCGACUCCCCCUUUGUGUGAUUCUGUGAGUCAAGAGUCUAGGUGGCGGCUACACUAUGAUGUCUAUCAGUACUUCCUACAAGAAAAUGACCUGUCUGAAGCAGCAUUUGUGAGUCACAUGAGGAAGAUGUCUGGAGUGCAAAAUAUCAGAGCUAACGGUGUUAAAUUGAUGACCUUAACUAGCCAAGACAAAACUGAUUUGUACUUCUCCUCACUUCCUGGACAAGGAGUGAUCUACAAUGUCAUUGUGAGGGAUCCACGGUGGAAUACCUCAGCCGCCUAUGUGCCAGUUCACACAUAUGCAUGUAGCCUUUCUGCCUUGGUGGAUAACUGCUUCACUCUCAGAAAACUUUCUACCAAAAUAUUUUUCACCACAUUUGCUGUCCUUGGCCUUUUUGUCUGUUUCUUUGGACACAGAUUCUGGAAAACAGGUUUAUUCUUCAUGGGCUUUAUUGUCUUGGCAUUCUGUUUCUUCAUAGCCAUUACAAGAACAUCUGAUCUCAGUUACGAUGCCAAUCUUGGCCUUACUGCAGUAGCUGGAGUUAUUGGAGGUCUCCUCUUGGUAGCAUACUGGUGGCGCUUUGGAUUUGUGAUACUCUGUAUGUUGAUUGUAGGACUAGUGUUGGGAUUCCUUGUGGCAUCCACAAUUUUCUUCACUCCUUUAGGAAACUAUAAGGUUUUCCAGGAUGAUGCUGUAUUCUGGGUCACUUUCUGUUGCAUUGCUUUGAUGGUCCCCAUAGUGUUUGUUGGCUGCCCCAGAGUUCUCAACAUCCUGACGUGUGGCAUAAUAGGAUCUUACACUGUAAUCCUGGCUACAGCCUGUUACAUAUAUACAAGUCUGUCUUACAUUGGCAUAGAUCUGCUUCGAAGGAUUUUAAAUGAAGAUUUCAAGAGAACAUACACCAGUGUGCCCUUUCAGCCAAAUGACCUCAUCCUCCUGGCAGUUUGGGCAAUGUUAGCAAUUGGAGGAAUAACAGUACAGCUGCGCCGAGAGAGACGCGAAGCACCUUUUCCGCCACACCCAUAUCGGCUCUGGAAGCGUGAGAGAGAGCGCAGGGUAACUAACAUCUUGGAUCCCAGUCACCAUGUCCCUCCCUUGAGAGAGAGGAUCCAUAGUAAGCUGUCCCAUAUCAAGGACUUCUUCCGUAAAGAGCAGCCUGCAGGGGAAAGAACACCACUACUCUUGUAAAUUGACAUGCCGUCUGCAAAGACUGGAGAACUGCUGAUGGAGACUUCUGGGAGCUAGUAGUGCUAGCACUUUCUCUGUUAUCUUGCCCUCCUAAACAAAAAGUGGAAUGGGCUGGAGAAGGACCCAUACUCAUCUGCUCAGAGAAGCCCUACAUUCUAUUUAAUGAUCUGCUUUCAGUGCGGGUAGCACACAGGCACUUUUUGUCUGCAUGUACCUUGUAACAAGGAUGAAGUACAUGUAUGUGCAAUGUGUGAAGUUACUGCAGUGGGUUGGUAGAAUGGAGAUGUAGCUCAGUUGUGAGCAGAUCAAUCCUAAAGCUUCGAAGUCCCAAGAUAUAGAAAAUGGUUACUUCACACACCAAUGUUAGUGGGUUCUUCCCUUGUAUUCAGACAUAGUAACAAGUAACAGGCUGUUGAGGUGAGUUUAGGUUCUGAGCUGAAUGUAUGUAGUGCACAGGAGGGUAGCUGGAGAUUGACUGUCAAUGGAAGAACAGCUUCUUGGUGACCUCGAUGUCUUGGUGACCUCGGUACAAGAGAUGCAUUAUUGCUGCUAGCCAAUAACAGUUCUACGUUGUCAAACUGUGCUAAAACUUUUUUGAUUGCACCAGGUUGAUUUGUGUUGAUGUGUAUGGCAGGUAGAACUGUUGCGAGGGGAUAUAUUGGAGCAUAAUUUGCUAGCAGUUUGGUAAUCUGCUUUUAGAGGAUAGUGGCCACUAAGGCAAGAACUAUGAAUAGUCUCUCCUCUAAAAUCAAAGGUCUGCUUUUUUUUUAAGUAAGGAACAACUAUGGAACACCUAUGGCUAAUUGUUUUAUAGUAGCCCCGGAGUUAUUUUAUGUUCCUUUCCAUACUGACCUUUUUUCUUGGCCACAGCACUGAUUGUCACUUAAAUGUUUUUCCCCCCCUGUUCUUUUUGUAUUUGAAAAAUUAAACAAGUUUACAGGAAUAUGGGGCACUGUAGCCAACUUCAUAAACUUGAGAAGGAGUACUUUCCACAGUUAAGCUAUCCAGGGUACCAGACUAUUGCCAGCUAUAAUAUCAUUGCCAAGCUCAGAGGGUGAGAUGGGAUUGGUUACUGCAUGUGGGCUGGUUGGCUCAGAGCAAAGGGCAAGAUGAUACAAGGAAGCAUUUCACUUUCUUUUCUGCCCCUCACACCAUCUUCCCAUCUGGCCUGAGCUUGGCAGCUCAUAGGCAAGUUUGGGGUGUGUGCACUCUGUGUAAGCCAAAUAAAAUGCUGCAUAGGUGGAUGCACUGUCUUUUGGCCUACCAGCUGGCCCCAAUACAAUCCCCUCCUGCAAAUCUUAGAGUACUGACAAUAGAAACAGUAAUUAAAUAAUUCCCAACUACUGCUUAGGAAAGUCUCUUCCUGCAACUGCUAGCCUUUAGACCAGCUGUGAAGUCUGAGUGGGCAAAGGAGUGGCUCAAAACAGGAUAGGAAUUUGGUUUUAAAACUGCAGUGAAGAGAACGUGUGUGAUUUUGGCCUAGGUCACAUUCUCUGAGCUGGUUUAAUUAUGAGAGAAGCAGCACAUUGCUUUGCAGUUCACUUCUUUGGGAUUUUGAGUUGCCAUCAGGGUAUGGAUCAGUCACAUAGUAGGGAGAGACACAAGUGCUAGUCUGAACUAGAGUAGAUCCUUUGAAGCAGUUGGUAAUUGUAACAUUUAGUAAAUUCCGGUGAAUCAAUAGAUCUACUUUAAUUGGAAUUAGUAAUUGGAUUUCAACAAAGUAAUUAGAUGUCGACAAAAAUAUCAGCAGAGGAGUUUUUUUCUUUGUUGCUACAAUUGUAAAAAUUGUCACUGUCAGACUUCAGAACUAGUUCAAGCUGUAGGAGAUCCAUCCGAGGAAUCUGGCACUGCACAUACAGUCCUUUUCUUUCUAGUACAGACAGGUAGCUUUUAAAACACAAGGCUGCUUUUUCUUUUUCUCCAUUAUUCAAGUAUAACUUAGAGCAGAUAUCUGGUGAAUGCUAUAUUGAUGCUUUAUUUGGCUGCUGGCUAUGGGGUUCAUUUUGUAUGUUUAAAGUAGUGGAGAAUAGGUUUAUGGGUGCAAAUUGCCUUGGCUUCUCUCCCACUGUAUUCAGGAAAGUUUCCAAUAUGUGACACUUUAAAUGAAAGACAUCAUGUUUGAGUUGUAUGUAAUGCCUAGGGCUGCUGGGUGGAAAUCUCUGAAAUAUGCACUGCACCUCUUAUGUCCUUAGCAUUCAGGAAAUGAAGCAGCUCAUUCCUUGCUUAUUUAUGUAGAUAUUCUCAGCUUGGUGUAACAGAGCUCCAGAUAUACUGUGCAGCAAAGUGUGUGAUAGCUGUGGUCCUUCAUAUGUUGAACUACAGCUCCCAUUGUGAUCCACCAUUGGCCAGGUUGGUUGGGGGUUUGGAGUCUAACAACAUUUGGAAGGACACAGCUUUGCUGUGGCUAUGGUGUAUGUCUUACCACAUGAAGGAAUUUGGCCUUCCACGUGGCGUCUCAGUAACUACAUCUGGACACAAACAAUUGUGCUAAAUCAGUGUAUUUCUAAGCUUGCUGAAGAAUGCCUAUAAAAUUGUUACCCAUUUUAAAUGCAAUGAAAUCGAGUACUGGAUUAUAAGGUAAUAAGACUUCAUAAAAGAUGAUGGAGAAGUCCAUAGUUAUUGACAGCUGUUCAGAGAUCAUUUUAAUUUUAACCAUGAGAAAUGAAAAUACAGUAGGUGAAAUACACAAUGCUUCUUUUUGGAAUGAGCAGCUUACCAUUGCUGGCUACCUGGCCAACUGUUAGUACUCAGAUUAACCAGUGCCUCUGCUGACCCAAGCAGUAAAUGAUUUGGUAAAACAACAAGCUGUGGGUUUACUUGGUGUUUUUUUAACAACUGCCAUAAUUUAUCUUGCUAAAUAAAUAAUAAAACCAAUUUUCUAUCCCUUUUUAUAAUAAAGAUGUGCUUGGAGCAUUAGUUAUAUGGGAUUGCUUGUGCUUUGGAAUCAAUUCAUGUAUUUCAUCUCAUCUGGUUAUGUGAAAUUCUUUCUGUCUAGAAGAGAAGGUAGCAGGGCUAUGAGUGUCCAACUCAAGUGCAAAGCAUGGAAAUUAAAAGUGUUUACAUUGUAGAGGAA